AUAAAAUAAAUAAAUUAUAAAAAAAACUUUUUUUUUCAAUAUUAUAUAUAGACUUAAAUAGUUGUGUAUAGAAUUUAUAUUUUUAAAUAAUAUAAUACUUAAGCAAUAAUUUGAAAAAUUAAUAAUUUUAAAAUCAAAUAGUUUAUAAAAAAAUUUAAUAGUAAUAAUAAUAUAAUAAUAAAAUAGUAAAAAUAGAAUAACUUUUUAAAAUUUAAAAGAUUUAAAAUAUUUAUUUUUUUUGAUAAUAAUAAUAAUAAUAAAAUAUAUAAGAAAAUCGCAUAGUAAUAACUAAACACAUUAUUAUAAUUUUUUUUUCUUUUUUUUUUUUUUUUUUUCAAAUAUAAUAAAAUAUAUAAAUAAUAAAUCUUUUUUAUUAUAAUAAAUAAUAAUUCUAUAUAUUAAAAGAAAUUAAUAAAUAUAAUAAAAUUCACCACCUAUAAUAAUAACCAUGGUAUUUAGUGUAUGGUUUUCUUAUGAAGAUGAAGAAGUAGAGUUAUCAGAUUUAACGAAUGACACUUCAAUAUCAGCUAUUAGAAAAUUAUUACAUGAAGGUAAAAUAUUUAGAUUUCCAUAUGGCACAUCACAAACAGAUUUACAAAUUGGGAAGUUAAUAUCAACAGGUACAAAUAAUAGUAGUGAUAAUAAAUUUGAAAAGUUAAAAGCACGUAAUACAUUGGGCGAUAUUCAAUAUAAAGUUGGUGAUACAUUAUAUGUUAGAGUUAAAAAGAGUAAACCAACAAAUGAAUCAUUUUUACCAACAUUAAAUAUGACAUUUUUAGAAGGAUCAGAACGUGCUGUUAAAUGGGAAUAUGAUCCAUAUGCAACAACAGCACAGUGGACAUGCACAGCAACAUUGGUAAAAGUAGAACCAGUUCCAUUUGCAGAGGGUGCUUUUAGAAAAGCUUAUCACACACAAGAUUUAUCAAAACCAAAUGAAAGUGGAAGAUAUGUCUCAAAAAUAUCAAAGAAACCAACAGCAAGAGGAUCAUAUUUCGAAGAUGUUAGAAUGCAAAUGAUAGCAAAGAAAUGGGCAGAUAAAUAUAAUGCUUUAAAACCACCAAAGAAAAUUGAGUUUUUACAAUCAUGCGUAUUAGAAUUUGUAGAUAGAACCUCAUCAGAUUUAGUAUGUGGAGCAGAGCCAUAUGUCGAAGGUCAAUAUAGAAAAUAUAAUAAUAAUAGUGGAUUUGUCAGUAAUGAUGAAAGAAAUACACCACAGUCAUUUUCACAUUUUACCUAUGAACACUCAAACCGUCAAUUGUUAAUUAUCGAUAUUCAAGGUGUAGGUGAUCAUUAUACUGACCCACAAAUACACACAUACGAUGGCGUUGGUUUUGGUAUUGGAAAUUUAGGUCAAAAAGGUUUCGAGAAGUUUUUAGACACUCACAAAUGUAAUGCUAUUUGCCAAUAUUUAAAUCUUCAAAGUAUCAACCCAAAAAGUGAAAAAAGUGAUUGUGGUACUGUUCCAAGACCAGAUUUAAUAUUCCCAGAUACUUCAAUAGAAAGAGAUAACAAUGUUUCAACAGUUACAAAAUCUAUAGUAGAAAUUUCAACUGGUAAUGGUGCUUCAGAAAGAGAACUUGCCUCGCCAAUUAUAAAUAGAUCAUCCUUAUUAAAUUCCUCAGAUAAUAAUUUUAAUAACUGUAAUAAUAAUAAUAAUAAUAAUAACAAUAAUAAUAUUAAUAAUAAUAUUAAUACCCCUGUAAAAGAAAGAUCAAAAUCAAAAUCAUCUGCAGAUAUAGAAAAGCCAUUAGUUGAUCACAAGAAAAAAGAAUUGUCUUUAAAUGUUGAUAAAAUUAAAUUAUUAGAGUCUAUAAAGGGUUAUCAUGUUACAAGCCAUUUAUGUAUUUGUGAUAAUUUAUUAUUUACAGGUUGUUCAGAUAAUUCCAUAAGAGUAUAUGAAUAUAAGAAUGAAACAAUGGAAUGUAUCCAAACCUUAAAAGGGCACGAAGGUCCAGUAGAGUCAAUUUGUUAUAAUGAACAAUAUUUAUUUUCUGGUAGCUCAGAUCAUUCAAUUAAGGUUUGGGAUUUAAAAAAACUUAGAUGUAUUUUUACUUUAGAAGGUCAUGAUAAGCCAGUUCAUACUGUAAUUGUUAAUGAUAGAUAUUUAUUUAGUGGUAGUUCAGAUAAAACGAUUAAGGUUUGGGAUUUAAAAACAUUAGAGUGUAAACAUACUUUAGAAAGCCAUGCACGUGCAGUUAAAACACUUGCAGUUAGUGGUCAAUAUUUAUUUAGUGGUUCAAAUGACAAGACGAUCAAGAUUUGGGAUAUAUCACCAUCAAAAACAACAAUUAAAAAUCUAUAUACAUUAAAAGGUCAUACUAAAUGGGUAACAACAAUUUGUAUUUUAGGUAGUACGCUUUAUAGCGGUUCUUAUGAUAAAACAAUUCGUGUUUGGAAUUUAAAAAAUCUUGAGCCAAUACAGGUUUUAAGAGGUCAUAUGGGUUGGGUAGAAAAUAUGGUAAUUUGUGAAAAAUUUUUAUUUACUGCUUCUGAUGAUAAUACUAUAAAGGUUUGGGAUUUAGAAUCAUUAAAGUGUGUUUCGACAAUAGAGGCUCAUAAUGCAUCAAUUCAGGGCUUAGCAGUUUGGGAAAAUAAAAAAUGUCUUAUCAGUUGCAGUCAUGAUCAAACCAUUAAAUUAUGGGGAUGGGAAUAAAUAAAACUAAUAAUAAUAAAAUAAAAUAUAAUAAUAAUAAUAGAAUAACAAUAUAGUAUUUAAAUUAUACAAAUAUAUUUAUUUAAAUUCUUAUAAACAUAUAAUAUUAAUAAAAAAAACUUAUAUAAAUAAACCAUAAAUUUUAAUGUAUAAACAUUAAUUAAAUG